AUGGAUGCAGCAUCCACAACCUCUGCUAUUGAUGAUGCAAUUAAUGAAUCAUCAUUUGAAAUUUACGUGAAGCCAAACAUGGCUGUCGGAGUGGUUUUAUCACAAACAACGCCACCAAGAAUAAUGCAACUUCUACCAUGCUCAGCAAUGCUUGGCAAACUGUUUGUUAAUGAUACAAUUAUCGCAGUCGAUAAUAAACCAAUAAAGAAUACACCGAUGUUUAUCGAAGCGAUACGUGCAGCAACUGGACGAAAAAUAAAAAUUAAAUAUAAAAGAAAAGAAUGGUAUUCCAGUCAUAUGAAAAUGUUACCUGUGCCAAGAUCUGGCUGGGAAAGUUUUGAGCUUGAUAUAUAUUGGAGAGAAGCUGAUGUACCUUUGGGUAUUCUUAUUCAUGAAGAUAGUUAUGGUCGCAUAGUUAUUAGUAUGGUACAAAAUGGUAGUGUUGCUAGUAAAAUACUGAGACCAGGUGAUAUAUUGGUCAAAAUAAACAAUAAACCAAUUUCGAAUAAAUAUGUCGCCAAACAGAUGAUAAGUGAUUGUGUAAAGGCAAACAACACAAUUAAAUUUACAAUGGAACGUCAAUUAGAAAUGAAUUCGUCGAAAAUAACAAUCAAAUCACCAGUAACAACAUCAGUUCAAACGUGUACUGCGAGUAACACUUGCAACUCCGUAACUUCUACCACCUUAUCGAGUAAUCCUACGUCAACAGCGCCUCAAAUGCCGCCUUCGAAUGUGAAUGCAGAUAGGAAAGAAGCAAAUGCUAUGGAAACGAAAAGCAAAAAGUCGGAAAGCUCCACGGCAAAUGUAUUCCUGGAACAAAUGCAUAAAUCCGGUUCGAAAUUACCGAAUUGCGAUUACUGCUUACCAAAGGAUGUGUUAACAGUGUUGACUGCAAAUAGAAAUUUUUACAAAAAUGAUUCCAUCUAUCAACCAAUUCUUUUGAAUCCCAUACAAGAGGGAACUGGUCUACAUGUCAACUUAAGGGAACCUAAAGAAACAGAUGAAGAAAAGAUUGCUUUCGAUUAUGGUGAGGGAUUGCUCAAGCAAACACCGAAGAAUUCUUGA